CACCACCAUUAGGAAAAUUGGGUAAAAAAACCAGCAACACUGGAGGAAGGCCUUCACAAACACAGCAAACAUCUUUCAGAAACACAAAGACACACAAGGACAUUUUAUUUGGGGGAACAGUGUAACACAUACUAGUUAAAAAUUGGUAGGGCCUCACAGGCUGCAUGACCAUAUCUUGAUACAUUUCUACUGUUAUCCAUUUAAUAUAUUAUUGAAACAAUGGAUUGCAUGCUGUUGAUAGUACUGCUGUUAGCAGUAGAGGCGACACUCAGCAUACCCAUGGAGAGGUUCCAGCAGCUGGGCUGGCAAAGGCUGCUGGAGGACCUAGAAGAGUGUUCAGAGUGCCAGCCUGAGCUCUGUAACUCCCCCCAGCGCUGCCCAGCUGGCAGGGUGCAGGACCACUGCGGGUGCUGUUGGGAGUGCAGCAAUGCAGAGGGGCAGCUCUGUGACCUGGACACUUCCAGCAACUUCUACGGGAUGUGCGGCAAGGACCUGGAGUGCGAGAUCCAGGACAAGGACCUGAACUCAGGUGAGAUUCCCGAGCCCCAGUGUGUCUGCACCAGGCAGGAGGUCCUCUGCGGGUCAGAUGGGAAGACCUACGAAAACAUCUGCAAAUUCAGAGAGGGCCAGUUCCAGCACAGGAAGAAGGAAGAACUUACUGUUGCACACAAGGGUCCCUGCAAAACAGCACCAUUUAUUGCCACUCCACCACGUGAUAUCGUAAAUGUGGAAGGAAGUGACGUCAUCUUCGGCUGUGAGGUGUCGUCGUACCCGAUGGCGAUUGUGGAGUGGAGGAAGGAAGGAAACGGCAUUUUCUUACCUGCUGAUGAUUCUCACAUGGCAGUGCAGGCCAGAGGUGGACCUCAGCGCUUUGAGCUCACCGGCUGGCUGCAGAUACAACGGGUUCAGAAGGAGGAUGAGGGAAUGUACACCUGCUGUGCCAAAAACGAGUUUGGAGAAGUGUCUGCCUCUGCAAGACUCCAGGUUAUUAACCCGGAUUCCCCACUGGCAAGUAAAGUGAAACCUUUCAAAACUGGAGUUUACGAUAUCACAGAUGACGAGGAAGACAUUGAGUAUGGAGGAAGUGGCUAUUCAUAUUAACAAACGAAAACUGUUCCAUUUAUUUGGAAAUAUUAAAGAAGAUAUGAGUAGAAUGUUUGAAUUACAUGAGUGCUGGAGUGUGCCUUUUGCCUGUGUUGUAAAUAAUAAUCAGCCAGUAUCGUCUUAAUCAUCCACAGAAACGUGUGGCAGUCACUAUAAUGACAGUAGAACCUGUUUUAUUGUCGAAUGAAUGUGUGCAUAUCAAAGGGUUGGGGCCCUUCUAACACACUUCAGUUUAAUUAGGUAUUACUAAAUGUCUAACCAUUCCCUAAGCCAUCCAUUAAGUAUGUUAUUUAUUUGCUUCAAUGUAACUCAAUAUAUUAUAUAUUGUUCACUAAAUGAAGGGUUAUCUUUUCAUUGUGUGAAUAUGGUCCCCAGAUCGUAAUUUGUAAUAGUCGAAUUUGGCACAAUCAGUGAAGGUUAUUUCAACAGUACUGCUGUUAGCGUAAAGUAGUGACACUCGCUUGUGGCUCUUUCAGUCCAUUCCAAUCCAGGAACUUGUUCCAACCAGGUUCUUUAUUUAAUUGAACCCCAUAAUUAAGGCUAUUUUUUUUCAUGGCUAUCACAGAUUUCACGAUUUCCGUGAAAUUUACUCAUUGCUUUGUAAAAUGUAGUUCCCUGUGAAAAUUCUUAUUUCUGAAAGAAUAGUGUAACUAUACAUAUUUGUCAAUAAAACUUAAAGAUCCUGGAGUGGAAUGGAUUGGGAGCCGCACGAGAGUACCGCUGGUGUACAAAGCUAAAAAAAAAAUAGACUGGAUAGUCCUACUGUAUUUUUCUGAUAUGGUGCUGUGUUACAAAUCUGUCUAGAUCUCUUUGUAUAAAUCUGAGUCACACUCAG